AUGUCUAAACCAAAAGUGUUACUCGUUUUGUACGAAGGCAAGCACCAUGCCAAAGAUGAGCCUAAGCUUUACGGAUGCCUCGAGAACGAAUUGGGUAUCAGAGGUUUCGUGGAGUCUCACGGUUACGAAUUGGUGAGCAUCUCUGAAAAGGAUCCAAUUGGAGACUCUGAGUUUGACUAUCAUUUGGCAGACGCUGAGAUUGUCAUUACCACGCCAUUUUUCCCCGCGUACCUCACUCGUGAGAGAAUUGCAGAGGCACCCAAGUUGAAGCUCUGCAUCACCGCAGGAGUCGGAUCGGACCAUGUUGACUUGAAUGCUGCCAAUGAAAGAAAGAUCACUGUUGCAGAGGUUACUGGAUCCAACGUUGUUUCUGUUGCUGAACACGCAGUAAUGACAAUGUUAAACUUGGUUAGAAACUUUGUCCCAGGACAUGAGCAGGCCAUGUCUGGAGGAUGGGAUAUUGCAGCCAUUGCCAAGGAUGAAUAUGACUUGGAGGACAAGGUUAUCGCCACAGUUGGCGCUGGCAGGAUUGGUUACCGUAUCUUGGAGCGCCUUGUGGCAUUCAAUCCGAAGAAGCUCUUGUACUUUGACUACCAGGAUUUGCCCAAGGAAGCCGUGGACAAGUUGAACGCUGCCUCUAAACUUUUCAAUGGUCACGACGACAUUGUUGAACGCGUGGAAAAGUUAGAGGAUAUGUUAUCCCGUUCCGAUGUUGUGACUAUCAAUUGUCCUUUACACGAGGGAAGCAAAGGUUUGUUCAAUAAGGAAACCAUUAGUCACAUGAAGGAUGGCGCUUGGUUGGUGAACACAGCCCGUGGUGCCAUUUGUGUUGAAAAGGAUGUAGCUGAUGCUGUCGAAUCGGGCAAGCUCCGUGGAUACGGUGGAGACGUAUGGUAUCCACAGCCAGCCCCAGACCAUCAUCCUUGGAGAACUUUCCGCAACAAGUAUGGCGGUGGAAAUGCUAUGACCCCCCACGUUAGUGGAACAUCAUUGGACGCCCAAGAGAGAUAUGCUGCUGGUACACAAGCAAUUUUGAAAUCGUACUUUGAAAAGUCCUUUGAUUAUCGGCCACAGGAUGUGAUUGUUGUUGAUGGCGAAUACGCCACCAAAGCCUAUGGCCAGCGUAAGUAG